AUGACAGGUCUUGGGUUACUGGAUCUUCCCGUGGAGAUUCUAAUCAAAAUUAUCCAGUUGGCGAUUCCUCCGAUGGUCCUCCCAGUAAUGUCCCAUGAUCCACUUGAUACCGCUUAUGAGGAGAGUCUACCAUUCGAAACAAGCUUUACCGUCGCCCAAGAGCUAGGAUCUCUUUGGGAAAUUGGCCUUGUCAUUGAGACUGCUCCAGGGUGGUAUAUCAACUCUUUUCAGCAGUUUGGCCCGUCACAACAAAGCAAACUCUCUCCAUUGACUCCCACCAACUAUCAGCAAAACACAAUGAAUAAGUUCAACAGCAUGAACAAUACCAUUAAUGAAACGCUGCUCCGACAGCUCGUCUCGGGUCUUGAUGAAAUACCUCUAAUGGAUAUUCACUGGCUAAUCUACGUUGCCUUUGGCGCUUGGUUAUGCUCAUAUGUCAUCCACCUCCUUUCAUCCCCUUCUACAGUCAAUGUGCCUUUUGUAGGAUACCGAAGCGUCUUUGAGCCUACAUGGUUUCUUCGUUUACGUUUUGUCUGGGAAGGGGGAUCUAUCAUCAGCCAAGGCUACAGUAAAUUCAAAGACUCCAUCUUCCAGGUGAGAAAGCUUGGUACCGAUAUCGUCAUCAUACCGCCAAACUACAUCGAUGAAGUCCGGAAGCUAUCUCAGGACAAGACUCGUUCGGUCGAGCCCUUCAUCAAUGACUUUGCUGGCGAUUACACGCGAGGCAUGGUGUUUCUCCAAAGUGAUCUGCAGAACCGUGUGAUUCAGCAGCGGUUGACGCCGAAGCUCGUGUCGUUGACUAAGGUGAUGAAGGAGGAACUUGACUAUGCAUUGACUAAAGGGAUGCCUGAUAUGAAAGAUGACGAAUGGGUUGAAGCCGAUAUUGCUUCCAUCAUGGUCAGGCUCAUAUCACGCAUCUCAGCCAGAGUGUUUCUCGGCCCAGAGCACUGCCGCAAUCAGGAAUGGUUGACGACCACAGCAGAGUAUAGCGAGAGCCUCUUCAUGACUGGUUUUAUCCUCCGCGUUGUUCCCCAUAUCCUAAGACCAUUCGUAGCUCCGUUGCUACCAUCUUACAGAACACUACUUCGCAACGUGUCAUCUGGCCGUAAAGUUAUAGGUGACAUCAUUCGCUCCCAGCAAGGUAGUGAGAACGAGGACAUCCUCUCGUGGAUGGUAGAAGCUGCGACUGGGGAGGAGAAACAGGUUGACAAUAUUGCUCAGCGGAUGCUUAUCCUGAGUCUCGCAUCUAUUCACACUACGGCAAUGACCAUGACGCAUGCUAUGUAUGACUUGUGUGCUCGCCCUGAGUAUACAAAGCCUCUUAGAGAGGAGGUCAAAGGCGUUGUUGGUGCUAGUGGAUGGGACAAGACGGCGUUGAAUCGACUUCAUAAACUCGACAGUUUUCUCAAAGAGUCGCAACGUUUCAACCCCGUGUUUCUCUGUAAGUCUUUCUUCACCUUCUGUUUAUCUGGAUCCCGACUCAACCUUCCAGUAACAUUCAAUCGCAUCUACCACCAACCAAUGACACUAUCAGACGGCACCAAUCUCCCAUCAGGCACUCGCAUUGCCGUCCCCUCUCACGCGAUGCUUCAGGACUCAGCACAUGUCCCAGGGCCAGCGCCACCAACUGAUUUUGACGGAUUUAGAUACUCAAAGAUCCGCUCAGACUCAAAUUAUGCACAGAAGUACCUCUUCUCAAUGACUGAUUCUAGUAACAUGGCGUUUGGGUAUGGGAAAUAUGCUUGCCCUGGGCGUUUCUAUGCAUCUAAUGAAAUGAAGCUGACUUUAGCAAUCCUUCUACUACAAUUUGAGUUCAAGUUGCCUGAUGGAAAGGGGAGACCACGGAAUAUCACGAUUGAUAGUGACAUGGUACCUGAUCCGAGAGCCAGGCUGUGCGUUAGGAAGCGAUCACUGAGGGAAGAGUAA